AUGAUAGAUCCUUUAGAGAACAACUUGUUUAAUCUUCCUGAUUAUGAGAAUACAGAAGACGAAACGUUCCCUCCUCUUCCACCACCUGCCUCUCCAGGAAAAAGAGACGAUGAAUGGGCUCAAGCUAAUGGAGAUGGAAACCAGCAGUCACAAACAAAGGAUUCUGCCGUAGCUACACGGAAAGCAGUGAAAAGACCAAUGCCUAAACUAGAUGCCCACAGGUUAAUUUCAGAAAGAGGCCUUCCAGCCCUGAGGCACAUGUUUGACAACGUGAAGUUCAAGGGUAAGGGGCAUGAGGCAGAAGACCUGAAGACACUCAUACGACACAUGGAACACUGGGCUCAUAGACUAUUUCCAAAAUUGCAGUUUGAGGAUUUUAUUGACAGAGUCGAGUCUUUGGGAAACAAAAAGGAAGUUCAGACCUGCCUGAAGCGGAUUAGGCUUGAUCUUCCCAUACUACAUGAAGACUUUGCAAGCAACGAAGAUGGUGGAGGAGAAAGCAACGGACUGGACACAGCCACUGACGAUGCGCGUUCCUGCUCGGGAAAUGCCGAGGAACUCGGUUCUCUGCCCGGUGCAUCUCUCACAGAAGAGCAACGAGAGCGUAUCAGGAAGAACCGGCAGUUGGCCCUGGAGCGCCGGCAAGCGAAGAUGCGGUGUGACAGCCAGGCACAGCACCACGAGCUCUCUGCUUCUUACUCAGAAGAGUUUAAUACCUCAGUCGCUCAGGAUCCUGCUCACCUUAUCGAAGACACUCAGGUUACCACAACCGAGGUGGCUGUUGUAGAAGCUGAAGCUGGAGAUACAGAAUCAGAACACGCCAGUGAAAAGCAGUAA